AUGAUAGCCUCUUCUUUAAGGUCGCCUUCCCUGAGCUCCUCCUGCUCUUCCUUUGCUUCAAUCAGUUCCAACUUCCUUUCUUCGCGUAAUUCUUUGAGACGGCAGCAGUCAUCAUCGUCGGGACCAUUGUCUCGUCUUCGUCAGCAUCAGAUUCUGGUUCUGGAUCUGAAAGUUCUUCGUCAAGGACAUCUUGGUCUAGAUCUUUGCCAAUCUAUUCGAGAGACACUUCUAGAGCGCGCACGCAGUGAUACCACGCCGAGAGCUCUUUUGCUGGACUCAUUGCCCGUAGAUACUAUCUAUAUUAAUGGCAGCUACAAAUUAAUGAGAGCUAAAGUCAAAUUGGAAACUCCCAUUGGCUGGAAUACAAGAAGCAGAUCAUGGACACAGCUUUAA